AUGUCGGGCCUCGAAGUCAUAAGCGGCAUCUCAGCUGUGAUCGGUAUUCUCGACGCCGCAGCAAAGAUCUACGACAGUGUCCGGGAUGAUCUGAACCUACCGGAAACAUUUACGGUCGUCAGGCGCCGAUUGCCGAUAAUCCUUGAUACUCUCCAGAUAUGUAAGGAUGACCUCCAACCAACGCAGGGCUCGAUGUCCCCCGACGCGCGCGACAGCUUCACGCAGAUCGUCGAGGUCUGCCAGGAGAAUGCCGAAAAAUUAAAGAUGAUCUUCGAAGCGACUAUUCCGGGGGAGAAUGAUACUUGGGAGAUACGAUAUAGAAAGGUGCUCCGGAGUCUUGGAAAGGGUAGCAGAGUAGAAGAGCUCAUGAUAUUGAUCACGCAAGACGUCGAGCUCAUGGUCAACAACCACGCGGUGAGAUCCGCGAAGCCGGAUCAGAUGAUGGAGCUGGCAAAUAUUAUUAAGGAGCUGGAGGAUGCGAAGACAUCAGUUAUUGAAGAUGAGAGGACGGCCUUUACUUUCCACAGUGGUGGGGGUGCACAAACAAACAGUCUGAACACCGGUACUGGACAGCAGAUCAAUAAUCUCGGAUAUGUUGGGACUCAGAACUUUAACCAGAGUAAGUAA